UAGGAGCACCAUGUCAAAGUCGAACACCAGCACGCCCUGCAAUCCAUAUGACCGCUCGUUCUGACUCCGAGCCCGCAGAGUUCAUUUUACCUGACCUCCUCAGCGAUUGCUACUAGCCAAUCCUCAUUAUGACGCGGUCUUUCGCGUUUCUGAACAAUGGCUGUUUGACGAAGGACGGCUUGUAGAACCUGAAAUUUGUGGGUUACCUCACUGCAGCUUGCUACCCAGAUGCGGAUGCUUUUCAUCUCCGAGUCUGUUCAGGCUUCAUGGACUGGUGGAAAAUAGAUGAAUUUGAUGUUGACAGUGCAUUGGGUAUGCGUGAAUGCUGUAUUUCUGCAUUCCGGGACCAUCAACUGCCAAAUGGACAAACUGCUGGAAAGAUGUGUAAAUUGUACGUCGUUUUUUUUCCAUCACACACACUCCUCGUCGUGUUUAUGUCCUUCAGUAGCUUCAAGGAGAAUACAGACAUUUCUAUCAGAAUCAUGACGAGGGCGUCACCCAGUUGGCGACAGUACUCUCAGUGCACGCGUGGCACUCACCUUAGCCGUGGUUCCUCUGCGACCUACUCAACGAUGCCUCGCUUGCUGCUACAGUUUGAUUUGGCUAAAUUCAUCCGAUAAGACCAAUAGAUGAACUCUUUGCAACUCCAGAGAAGGAACCUUUCUACUCGUUGUAACACGAAAAACGCGUCACAUCAU